AUGGAGGAAUGUCUGGGAAGGGCCGAGGCCAACCCCGACCUCGACCAUGACCGCCACCGCCAGCUGCAGCUGCAGCCACAACAGCUACAACAACAGCAACAGCACGAGCAACAACAACAAGAAGAACAGCGAAAAAUCCGCCAACUCAAACGCCAAUCUCUCCCUGCCCGACCGCACGCCGCAGCUCGACACAAAAAACGUCUCACGCUGAACUUCCCCAUCAAUAUUCCCCCAGGAGGACUCGGCACCGUCACCGCACCAGCCUCCGCCGUCGAACCCAGUCCGAUCCAGACUCCCAUGACCCCCUUCUCGCAGACGACGUCUACUACGAGUCCUGCUCUCGGAACGCCACUGCCCCUGGAUACGCCGCAGCAGGCAGAUGAGGGCACAAACCUGUUGACCGCGAUUGCAUCACAGGAGCGGAAAGUUCUGGAGCUACGGGAGGAGCUACAACGGGCGGAGACGGAGCUCUCCACGCUGAAGAAACAAUGGACGUUGUCGGAAAAGACCAAGAAACGCACGGAAGUCAACCACCAUGCGGAACCGUUAAUAUCGCUGCGGUCCCCCGUUGAAAGUGUCUGUGGUGAGGAACGAGAGUCGCUGCUGCAACAGCAUCGCAAGGAGACUGCGACCGCGGAUAUCGUGCAGUCACAGCAACGCACGAGGGAGUUGGAGAGGAGGAGGAGUAUGCGUGUCGCUCCUGCUCCGGGGACUACGAUAUCGGCGAAUGGACGACGGGUGUUUCAGGGUUCACAUGCGAGGACAUUAUCGUUACUUUCUGCGUCGACGGAUUCCGGGUUCAGUAGUGGUAAGAUAUCGCUGUCUGGAAAGUCAAUGGAGAGUGAAUUUGUGGGGAGGAUGCCGCGGUCUGCGACGCUGCCUUCGUCUACUGAGCGGAGUGUGAAUGGGGCCUUUGUGCCGACGGAGGAAAUGAUCACGGAGUGGCGAACGAAUAUGCCGCCUGCGUCUCGGGCCUCACUGGUGCAUACUGGGAAGCAGAUGGCUUCGGAUUUGAGGGAGGGUUUGUGGACGUUUCUGGAGGAUAUUCGACAAGCUACCGUGGGCGAGGAGGGGAUUAAUGCAACGGAGGUGAGAGGGAUGUCGCCGGCCGCCAUGUCCCGCAAACGAGAUUCGACUUCGACUUCGACGUCGCGGAGCAGCAGAGAUCGGUUGUCUGUGCAUGGGGGAGGAAUGUUAUCGCGUACUGCAUCGUCGUCAUCGCGGAGCAGGCGGGCGGGAGCUGAGAGGAUUUCUGGUAAAGACACUAAAUCGACCGACAUCGAUUCGUCGUUUUGGAGUGAAUUCGGCAUUGAUACACCUGGGCAGAAGUCCCCGAACGCUCGCGGAGCCUCAAACCCCCGGCCAAACGGGCACCACAACAACCUCGAGGUCUACGAUGAUGAUUGGGAUGCUUGGGAGGCUAGUCCCCAGCAGCCGAACAAGAUGCACACCCCAUCCUCGAGCCGUUCCACGCUGGAAUCGAAGCGUGACCAGUCUCCGAGGUCCCAGGCUAGCAGUCCGCGGACGAGUGCUAGCUUCGGAGAUUGGCGUCCAAUUAGCCAGGGCGACUCUGUCCCGGACCCCAGUGUUUCUGAUGGCAUUCCGUGGCCUGCAAUUACCAAGGUGGCACCGUCCAAGCUGAAUCGCACCGCAUCAAGUCUCAUGACCGAAUGGGAACAAAGUCUUUCUCCUGAUAGGACCCCGGCCAGUCCUACUCUUUCCGAGAAGGAGAAUAAGGCGGACUAA